AUGGUUGCCCGCGAGGGCGCCAUCCCUCCCCUCGUCGCCCUCUCCAAGUCCUCCUCCGCUGAGGCGCUAGUCGAGAUGCUACGGCAACCGCGGAGCGGGAGCCUGCGCGCUACUAGGCCGGCGGCGAUCGUUGCGGCGGGUGAUACCAUUCAGUUACCAACUCGAUCUGGACAAGCCUCUGAUCCAGAAGAGGAUACAAUCCUCUACUUCUUCCACGCCUUCACCACGGAUCCAGGAGGUUACUGUCCCCUGGCUGCUCCAUGA